UACUCGUUUUUGUCAACUGUUUAAAGAAAUAAAAUUUAAAAACUUAAAUUGUAAAAUCUAACGAAAAUGGAACGAUGGGAUGGAAAAGUAGCGGUGGUGACGGGUGCAUCAUCUGGUAUUGGUUUAGAAACAGCCAAAGCUUUAGUGCGAAAUGGAAUGAUCGUUGUAGGCUUAGCACGAAGACUAGAGACAAUGCAGGAUACCAUGAAAGAUGUUACUGGACCAGGUAGAUUCUAUGCUAAGAAAUGUGAUAUUUCAAUUGAGAGUCAAGUCAUAGACGUCUUUAAGUGGAUAGAAAAGCAUUUAAAAACCGUUCACAUACUUGUGAAUAACGCUGGGUUGGGUUACCAAUCGUCUCUUCUAGAUCUAAAAACUGAUGAUAUGUUGCAAAUUAUAAACGUAAACAUCGUUGGGCUUUUACAUUGUACACGACAAUCGAUGAAACUUAUGAUAGACAACCAGCAUGAAGCUCAUAUCGUCAAUAUAAAUAGCAUUUUUGGACAUAGAGUUUCAAAAUUGUCAAAAACCAAUAUUUAUCCAGCAACGAAACAUGCGGUCACUGCUUUGAGCCAAACAUUGAUUGCUGAAAUAAAGGGUGAUAAAAUUAGAGUAACGAGUAUUAGUCCGGGAAUUGUUGCGACUGAGUUUUUUGAAAAAUACGGUUUAGAUCCAAAUAUUUUGAAUACCUUUCCAUCCAUUAAACCCCAAGAUGUUGCUGAUUCUAUUAUACAUGUAAUCUCAGCCCCACAACACGUGGAAAUAACUGAACUGACAAUCAAACCACUUGGACAACUUUGGUGAAAUUGGAACAACUCGAAUUUAUUUUUUUCAAUUGUCAAUAUGCAAUAAAGUUUAUUCAUAUUUUUUUGAAAGACAAAAAUUUACUUUGUAACAACAUAUAAACAUUGCAAGGUGCUUCCAUCUAUUAAUUGAUUUCCAUAAUCAUAAAAACAUGUUUUUAGUUGCUGCUCUAUUUGAUUUAUUUGACAU